GGUGUGAGUUAGGAUCGAGCCUGAGAGCUGCUCCUGGUUUCCUUCCUGCUUCUGUAAAACACAGACGUGGAGUUUAGUGUUUAGGAAACGCGGACGGAGACGCCAUGAGCUGCGGGACCAUGCGGAGAGCGCUGCAGGAGCUGGUGUGUGUGCUGUGUGUGCUGUGUGUGCUGCUGCACGGCGCGCUCGCGCAGGACGCCGACGCCAGGAAGGAGCAGGAGUGUUACAACUACGCGGGAGGACACGUUUAUCCCGGAGAGGCGUUCAGAGUCCCGGUGUCUGACCACUCACUGCACCUGAGCAAGGCCAAGAUCUCUAAACCGGCGCCGAACUGGGAGGGAACCGCCGUCAUCAACGGAGAAUUUAAGGAGCUGAAGCUCUCUGACUACAGGGGCAAAUAUCUGGUGUUCUUCUUCUACCCUCUCGACUUCACGUUCGUCUGUCCCACUGAGAUCAUCGCCUUCAGUGACCGAGUCCAUGAGUUUCACGCCAUUAACGCAGACGUCGUGGCCUGUUCAGUCGACUCGCAGUUCACACACCUGGCCUGGAUUAACACACCAAGGAAACAGGGAGGACUCGGACCGCUGAAAAUCCCCCUGCUGUCUGACCUCACACACCAGAUCGCCAAAGACUACGGAGUCUAUCUGGAGGACCAGGGACACACACUCAGAGGUUUGUUCAUCAUUGAUGAUAAAGGUACACUGCGUCAGAUCACCAUGAACGACCUGCCUGUGGGACGCUCAGUGGACGAAACACUGCGUCUGGUGCAGGCCUUCCAGUACACUGACAAACACGGAGAAGUUUGUCCAGCUGGCUGGAAACCCGGCAGUGACACGAUUAUUCCUGAUCCCUCGGGCAAGCUGAAGUACUUUGACAAACUGAAUUAAUUUCCUGAUGCGUGUGUGUGUGUGUGUGUGUGUGUGUGUGUGUGUGUGUUAAUCACACAAAAAAAACUGAAGAUUUUGAUACACUUGUGUUUUGUUUAAAGCGACGUUUUGAUUGUUAUAACAAACUGAGUGUGUGUGUGUGUGUGAAAGAGAGAGAAAUCUGUGUGAAUGUCCUGCUCAUUUCAGUUUUAGUUGUGUGGGUCAGUGAGACAAAAACGCAGUCACACACACACACACUCACACACACACACUUCAUAACUGAGUAAACAGACACAUCUCUGUGACAUGAGUGAUAUUAAUGUCUGAUAAAUGAUAAAAUAAAAGUUGUCAUUGGUCA